AUGAAGGCAGUUGUCACGGCGGAGAGGCCCCGAUCCUGCAGCAUUCUAGGCGUCAAGAAGGAUGCUAACUGCAGCAUCAUGAAGACCGCAAGUAUAGAUUUCCACGGGGAGAAGUUCAGCAUCAGUGAUGAGAUGAAAGAAUGCUUUUUAAAGCUCAGCGACAUGGUUCCCGACGUGCCACGGAAUGAAGAAGGCAACAUCGACGGAACGGUUCUCAUGCAGUAUGUUAUCGACUACAUUUUAGACCUAGAGCUUCAGUUAGACAGCCAGACUCCUUUUUCAUCGGGAUCAUCGUUUGCCGCCUCGUUUCAGGCAAAGUAUGUCGCCGAGCAAACAUCUCGAGAACCCUUGUCAGAAAAAUCGUUAGAAAACAUCGUUCCAACAACACAGAUCCCAUCAUCCCCUGUGACAUCAUAUUCCGACGAAUCUUUAUUGCUAAUGGCAGAUUGUGACAUAAGACCUCCUUCAAAGUGA